UUGCUGUUUAUGCAGCAAAACUAAUAUUAAUAGCGAUGGAGUAUUCAGUUAACUUCACAGAAUAGGUUGUACACCUGUCAAAGUGAGCGCCGCUCCGUGAAGUUGAUCGUAGGGAAGCGAUCACUUAAUUCCGUUGCGUCAAGUAGUGGCUAACUUCACGGAGUGGGAGAACUUGAUUUGAUGAUUGUAGGGCGAGUAACGUAGGCUUCAUAAUUUUGUGAAGUCAGCUGUGCCUUGAGUUGAGCUCUGCCAGUAUGAAGAGUUAACUGUGAUGAAGGCGUCAUCAAGUCCCGUUAGUCUAAUCAGCGGCUAAGUUCACGGAUCACAGGGACUUCUUUUGAUGAUUGUACGACUGUUGAAACAAGUUCCGUCUAAUGGUGAAGUUAAGGAUGAUGAAGCAUCUAUCGGGGGUUCCCCAGGUGGGGAAGUCAGUUAGGAUGACGCCUUCAUUUGGGUCCCGUUGCGCUAGCCACUAGCUAAUUUCACGGAUUGGCAGAGCUUGUAUUGAGAAAUGGAUGUAACAAAAUUGGAUUUUUAAUUGUUUAGAUUGUUGGUAAAGGAUAUAACGUGUCGACCAAUGUUUCUCGAUAUUAUUUUACCGCAGUAUAUUGAUCGUACGCGUGCGGAAAAUUUUAUUUCUCGCACGAGUGACGGAAAUCGGUUGGAUAAAUUGCUUUCUCAGUGACCAAAAUCGAUCGAACUCGACAUUGUUAACCCACGAAUAUGUUAAUUGGCAUCAGUGCAAGCGUGUCAGCAUAUUCUAUGUCUAUCGAGGGGGGAAAAUACGCAUGCGCGCGCAGGACCCCCAAUAAACCGCUCACGCACCCCCACGAUAAAGCUAUCGAUUCUUAGCAGUGUAUACACUGGUCGCGCCUUAUCCAGUUUGUUGGCCCCGCGUAUCCAAGAGGAAAAAAUUAUUUCCCACAUGACAACAAUAUUAAACAAUCGCUGAGACGUCGUCGAUGACCGCAGCAGGUGGCCAAUAUCGUCACAGACAGAAUCAAGGAAUUCACGAGAAUGCAAUACGAUUUAAAGAGCUCGAGCUAGGACGUUUGUGUGGAGAAAAACGACCUUGACGGACGGUCUAAUCAGUAAGCGCACAGUUAUUGGUGGCACGCGAGUGUGCAAAGUGUUUGCGGACAGGAAAUAGUUGGAUAUGAAAAGUUGUCUUCAAGGCUGUUUCAUUAUCUUGACAGAAUGCCUCUGCAAUCCUUCAAAUCAGGAAUAUUGAAUUUGGCAAUUAAUGUUCAGCCGAUGAGGAUACCGGGUUCCUAUCGUUCACGAAAAAUUACUUCUCCUGCGAGACUGGCGAUGGAGGAGGGGAAUCGCGAGACUCAGGCAUUGAAGCUGAAAAAUGUGAGGAGACGUCUGUUCAAAGACGACGAGGAUGACUCGACAACUGAACCACGGGGGAAUGCUGAUAACGAGGCCAAUAGUUUCAUGGAGAAGGCGCGAGAAAGCUUUGAGCAAGCCAAAGAAAAAUGGAAUUUUGAUUUUGAGAAAGGGGAGCCACUGCCAGGUCGCUUUGAGUGGAUAAAAGCAGACGAGGACUUUCCACCCCAAGAAUCAUCCCCUCCAGCCCAAGAGCCAGACGAUAACUCAAUCACCACCGGAAAUGCUCAGCUCUCGAACGAGAGCAUCGGAGAGACUAGUUAAUAACUUUAUUCUCGAAAUCGAGAGCAAGUACUAACGAAAAUUCUCUCACUCAUUUUUAAUGUCAAUUUACUAUUGGACGAAACUGUUCAGUAUUUUUUACAAUUAUUUAUACCAAGUGGUUGGACUUCAAGACUUCAAUUUGAUAUUGAUGAUGUACCUGUAGAGCAUUUGAGUGAGACGAAUCAUGUGAAUGAAUAAUUUGUGAUGGUUUUCAAAAUUAAUUAGUGAUUUUAAUACCUAAAUUAUUAAGUGUCAAAUUUUUAUUCAAAAUUUUGGACUCUAGUCAAAUGUGGUAAACAAUAAUUAUGCACCCACACGAUUUAUUUAUUGUUCCUUUUUCAUAAUAAUGUAGACAAUUAAUAUAUUUAUCUUUGAUUUUGUAAGAGUGAUAUUAAUUGACUGACGGGAAAACCCAAACGAGAGAAGUCACAAGGCACGAAAUUAAUUAAUUGUGCAAUAACAAAUGUACAAAGAAUCAGUGAAAGGAUAACGAUAAUAAAUGUUGGAAAAUUUCUCUUUUAAAA